GGGAGGGGGAGUGCGAGAAGGGAGCAGUGCAUGAUUUGGAGUGUUUCAGUGGGAGCACCAUAGUGGGGGAACUGGGGUGUCACAAAGGGCCCCCUGUGAGCCGCCACCUGCCCCUAGCAACAGCUGGAAGGGUUUGUUGACGUGGAACCAGCGCCCAGCCUGCAGUGUCCGGCAGGACAGCGACGGGACAGGACGGGAGCACACAGCUGGCGAGAAGCCCACUGGUUUUAGCUCACGUCUUGCCCUGCAGCAGGGACUAAGGUAUUAAACCAAACCUUCCCCCUUGCCUAUUGUCAGAACUUCAUCUCCAUUCAGUAGAAUGGAGAAGAGACCUCCAAGCCAGCCCACGGUGGCCUGGGAGGAGGACGCGGCUCCUCAGGAGAGCAGCUCUGCAGCGGAGCCCGCCGAGGUGACCACGGUGCAGCCAUUGCAGCCCAAUGCUGUGUAUGGACAGGAAGCCAUGGACUUCAUCCAGGCCUUUGCCAGCAGCCCCGACCAGCUCCAGGAUGAGGAUCUGAAGCUCAAGUUCCUUGACAGCAUCUGCACAUUCUGCAGAGAUGCCAAGGAUUCUGGCUUCUGCAAGGACCUGGAUGCUUUCUACCACAACUACAAGCUGGGAGAGAAGAUCCAGGUGCUGCUGCAAUUGGAGCCCAAGUACGAGAUUUGCACGGAGGUGCGGCGGCUGGCCAUGCUCGCUAUUGCCGGACUGAGGUACUGGCCCAUCACACCUGCAGACCCCUGCCCAGCACUCUGUGCCCACCUGCCCAUCCCUCCUGGAAGCCCAGCCCCAGUGCUGCAGGAGACCUUGAGACACUGCUCCCAGCACCAGUGGCCAGCUGGGCCCCUCUCUCUUUGCAGCACGCUGGGGACGGAGCUGGAGAACAGAAGAAAACUCUUAAGACUCUGCUUCGACAGCAUCUUUUUCCUUCCUCCAAGCGGGGAAAUCCAGAGCCUGGAAGAGUCUCUGUAUUCUCGGACCCUGCAUGCCAUGGACACCAUGCUGGAGGUGAUGGUGUUCAGCUCUCCUGCCUCCAAAACCAGCAAGAUGCUGCAGGACAUCUUGGAGGUUCUGCUGGAAUACUGCCUUUAUGACACCGUGGCUGUGCAGGAGAGGGUCAUGGGCAGGAUCAGGCUGCUGAGCCAUUUGCUGGCCGACUCUUCCACUGUGCAGGCUGGCCAAACUGAGGACAGCGGUGCUGCCAGCAGACACGUCCGGAUCCCAGUCCUCGGGAAGCUGCUGGGCCAUCUGUUUUUCAAGUUAUUCAGGAAAGAAGAAUCCAGCUUGAUGCCACUGGACAUUCUCUGCUUCCUCUUCACAUUCCUCUCUGAGCAGAAAUGUGCCACACCGCCAGCGGUUCGUGCCCAGCUCCCAGCAUACUGGCAAUCUGAGAUCACCUCCCUGCUGGAUACGCCCAGCACCUGGAGAGUUCAGGCCUUUGGCAGAUACCUCAGGCCAGCUGAGAGGACGGGCAUCGUCCUUGUGGCCAUCAAGAUCCUGGGCCGCUCCAGCCUACUGGACAAGAAGGCGCCCAAGGAGUUUCUGGAGGUGGCCAUGGAAUUCCCUGAGCUGUGGCUGAUGGAUGUGCCAAAAGUUGUGAGACACAUCUUUGCAUACUAUGAUGAAACAAAUGCAGCAACCGCUCACAGCUUUCCCACACUGCUUGACCUGAUGGCCAGUAAGUGGCCUCGGCGAGUAGUCACAACAGCUCUGAAGGUCGCACCAAUAUUCAGCGACAAAGUCUGUCUGUGGAAGGCCAUGUUCUCCGUGCACCAGACUCUGGAGAAGGUUUUGAAGGAGCUGCACAUCAAACUGCAGGGCCGGCAGAAGGACAUCUUCACACAGCAGCAGAAGUCCUGCCUCGCUUUCUUGGCUAUGCUGGCCUCCGAUGAUGUACAAGAACAGGAACUGGGUUCACUGUACAAAGAUCUGGAUCUUCUGAGGUGUCCAAGAAUGGAAAUGGUCUCUCUGGUGCUCAGGGCCCUUGUGACACUGUCGGAGAGAGCUGAGACGGCAAAAAAAAUGAAGGGCCUCCUGUCCGAGUUGCUGAAAUUCCUGUGGCAUCGGUCUUGGGACAUUUCAGUGAUGGCCAUGGACAUCUUCCAAAAUGUGCUGGGGCACCUGAAGAAGAGAGAGGCCAGCAGCAUGGCUGUGAUUGUGUUGCCGCGGCUCUGGUGCCUCUUUGACGCGGAGGAAGACUUUGUGCGGGAGCACUCCAUCCGCCUCUUCAGAGACCUGCUGGGCAAAACGGCGUGGAAGGACAAGAAGGGCAUGAAGGAAAACGCCUGGAAAGUCCUGGUCCGGCUCCUGCUUCACAUGAGUGACCAGGCCCCCAGCGUGGCCAAGGCAUCUACAGAAGCCGUUCUGGCUAUAGCAGAGCUCCUCAAGUGGAAAGAGCUCAAGCAGCUGGCGCAGACAGAGCAGACGUGGAGGAUGGGCGAGUGCUUGUUGGCCAAGGACAGCAGCAGGGCCGAACAGUUUGUGUGGGACAGCCAGCCCUACCUGCGGAGCCCUCAGGCCCCCAUGCGAGAGGCGGCCCUCAGGUUCAUUGGGCUGGCUGCGCGGCACCUGACAGAGCAGAGUGAGGACACCGUGGCUGAGGUGCUCUGGGAGCUUGACAGACUGCAAACAGGAGACAAGGAUCCCGCCAUCUGUUCCCUGGCAGCUCAGACCAGCUUGGUCCUGAAGUCUCCAAGGAAGCAGCGAAGAUCAGGAUUCUCCCUGCGUGCGCUGUGCUGCUGGUGCCGCUGAGCAGAGAGGGACCUUGAUCCUGGUCAAAAUGAGGACAGAGGUGCUGCCUGUGGAGAGAUCCAGAUCCCAGGCCUGGGGAAGCUGCUGGCACAUCCAUUCAAGUCGCUCAAGAGAGAAGAGACCACUUGAUGGCUCUGGAUGCUCUCUG